CUCUUGCGGCGGCGGCGGCGGCGCGGGGACAAGAUGGCGGCGGCGGCGGCAGCGGCGGAGUUCGGGAACGGCGCCGACGAGUCGCUGCUGGAGGAACCGCAUCGCGGCCUCGACGAGUCCGGAGACGGGGCGACGACCGACGGGAUGGACGACUCGGCGAUGAUCGAGGACCCGGAGCUGGAAGCCAUCAAGGCCCGGGUGCGGGAGAUGGAGGAAGAGGCUGAGAAGCUGAAAGAGUUACAGAACGAGGUGGAGGAAGCAGAAGCAGAUGAACAUGAGCCCCCCUCCCUGUGGGACUACGGGGCGACAGCGGAGGAGCUGGAGGCUCACUUCCACGGGUGCGGCUCCGUCAACCGCGUCACCAUCCUGUGUGACAAGUACACCGGACACCCAAGGGGUGACUUUGCCUACAUUGAGUUCUCAGACAAGGAGUCCGUGCGGACGGCCAUGGCACUCGAUGAUUCCCUCUUCAGGGGCCGGCAGAUCAAGGUGGUGUUGAAGCGCACCAACAGGCCGGGCAUCAGCACGACAGACCGCGGUUGGCCCAGGACCAGGUUCCGAGCGCGGGCCUCGUACUCCAGCCGAGCGCGCUUCUACAGCGGCUACGUUCCCCGAGCUCGCGGCCGGGCCUUCAGGAGUCGUGGGCGUUCUUCCUCCUGGUAUUCCCCUUACUACCUCCCUGGGAGAGUAUUCUCCCCCCCCCCCCCCCUUGUACAGGGCCCUGGUGAUUCCACCUGA